GCGGUCGCGGCGAAUCGAAGGAUGGACACAACGCGGGUGGAUGCGCAUGAUGGCGGCGUUGAUGAUGGUUUUGCUCUUCCAGGCCAAGCACAGAAGUGAAAAAAAAACUGCAAAAGUAGAAAUGGCCGAAGACCCCGAGGAAGCUUCGCGGCUCCUUCCGCGCAACCUGCCAGAGGCAAGCCCUUGGCGUGCGCUUCCUGGUGGAUGCCUACGUCUCGCGGCGCGGCCAGAUCUCGUAGCAAAGAAACAAAAAAGGAGCAAGAGGCCGAGGAUGAACAAGAGGAACAGUAGUCAGAGACGGUGGGAUUACACAUCGGAGGGAAAGAACAACGGACACCGAUGAGCGGGGGAGACAGACGAGUGAUCCGCCCAAGCGCGCUCACUGCGCAUCUCCAGACUGCCCCUGGUCCGCUGCCUCUGCCGGCUCCGAGGUGCUGUCCUUCGCAUCCGAGUCCUCUGCCAGGUCCGGGACGACGGGCAGGAAGUCCGCCGCCUCCUCCUCCUCCUCUUGCGCGCCCGGGACCUCGCGAGCCUGCUUGUCCGCCUCCGAUAGCUGCAGGGCUGUUCGCCUCCUUGUCGAAGCCCGUGCUCGCCGCCUCGUCGGCCUGCCCGUCUGCGCCUCCGUCGGGACUCGCGGAAGGUCGCCGGCCCCCUUGUCCGGCUCCGCGGCCUGGGCCCCUUCCGCGGUCGGGGCCCCGUCGCCCUGCUCCUCCUCGGGGGACGACCGGCAGAGGGGCGCUCUCGUUGGCGUUCUGGCGGAGCUCCCGCUGCAAGGCGCUGGCGUUGCCGCCCGCGGCGUCGAGCCGGGCCGAGGAGUCCAGCAGUGCCCUCUCGGCCUGCAGCUUCGCCACCUCCGCCUUCAGCUUCUCCACCCUUCCUUCUCCGCCUCGCUCUUCACGCGCUCCAGGUCCGCCUUCAGACUCUCCACUUCCUCCGAGCUUCGUGCUGACCUCGCGCGCCUGGCUCUCGCUCAUGGUGUGCAGGCGGUGGCUCGAGUCCUCGAACCACGUGUCGCUGGUCGGGGAGAGCUUCUCCACUAU